AUGUCGAGCAUGCUGAGGACCGCCCUUGUUCGUGCUGGUCCUGCCUGCCGCAUUGGCAUCCUUCACUCUGGAUUGAGCCUAGCCCCUAAAUUAGGUCCUACGUUUGCAACAAGAGCGCUCAUUCAUAGUGGUCAGCCAAACAAUAACUCGUUGACAGGGAAGAAAAUCAAUGAAGAAUCGGUUACGGGAACGGAGGGCUUACAUUUCAGCAAUCCUUUCGCAGAAGAUUCGGCCGCAUCCAAGCAGGGUCUGACCGCUCCUGAUGUUAGCACAUCGCCACCCACUAUCGUCCGAGGCGAUUGGGUUUUAUUUCACCCUGUAUACUCCCAGGAGGAACUCAAAGCAGUCGAGGUUCUCCAAGCGGAAGCGAAAACAAUACCUGACAAAAUUGCAUAUUAUCUUGUCAAGUUCACAAGAUGGGGAUUUGACGUAGUGUCUGGUUACAAACACAAGCCGAUCCCCGCUGGUAGGGAGAUGUCGCUCGAAGAACUCAGGAAGGGCGGAUAUAUCCUGGAUGACAAGGCGUGGUUAAGUCGCAUCCUUUUCUUGGAGACAAUUGCCGGAGUACCCGGAAUGGUCGCGGCGAUGCUCCGCCAUCUUACCAGCUUGCGUCUCAUGCGUCGAGACUCUGGUUGGAUACAUACAUUACUGCAGGAAGCCGAGAAUGAAAGAAUGCAUUUAAUGACCUUUAUGACCUUGCGAAAACCUUCAUUAUUUUUCCGAGGCCUGAUUUUAGGGGCACAGGGCGUGUAUUUCAACUUGUUUUUACUUGGAGGAGGAGGCCGUCUUAACCUAAAGCACCAGCUACUAACCAAAUUCAGUACUCGUUGCAUUGAGGACAUGGAAUCUGGACGUCUACCUGAGUGGAAUAAUAUCCCUGCUCCGGAGAUUGCCAAGGACUAUUGGCGUCUAGGCCCUGAUGCCAAGCUACUUGACGUCAUUUUUGCCAACCUGAAUAUUGAGACUGACGUAAACCCUUUCGCCCUCCGAGAACCAGACAUGCAUGUCAAAGGACGAAAGCUUGGAUUCUCGAGGGAGGAAUCCGAACAGUACGUGCGGGAGUCACGCCAGAUACUUGAGGACGGUAAAACCAAGUCGAAGUAGUUGGCUGAGUAUAACUUCCGACCAGGCCACGGACCAUCACAUCAGCUAUAUGUUCAAACCUCACUCGAUUUGAUUACAUACAUUACAUGCUUAUAUACAUAGACGCCAAACCUCUGAGAAUAAUUAGACUAGUACUCAGAAAGCCAAGAAUUCCACACGUCCGCCAUGCGCACGAAUAUUUGCAAUUGCAACACACUCAUUCUCCUUGCAGACGUACCACUUUCGUAUCAAUACCCCCGCUUGUUACAAUCAUUCAAGACACCAAUUUUUAUAGGACUUAUGCCAGAGAAAGAUGCCUAGAAAAAAUACCUUCCAAACAGACGGGAUCUGAGCGAUAAAAUGUUUGGAAGAG